CCGCCAGCUCCAUCGCUCCCAGCCAUCUUCCCCACCACGCACACGCACCGAACCGUAGCCAUGGCAGCGUCCAAGCUUACCCCCACAUUGCCUGUCUCUUCCCUUGCCCUCGCUGCCUCCCGCUCGCCCGGCCAGCUGCGCUCCCCGGCCCUUCGCCCGCCGGCGACGGCGGGAGCUGACACGGGCUUGAGCUGGACUUCAUCAAAGGGCUUUGGCCGCGGCACGACCGUGGCAUGCGCUACUGCGGUUCACGGGCAGGACACCACUAUCCAUGUCCACGGAAGCAGGUGGAAACCGGCUGUCUGUGUGGUCCUGGUGGAGCUCUUCAACACAGGAACUAUACUGUUGGGCAAGGUAGCAGUUGAUGGCGGCAUGUUUGUAUUCUCAUUGCUCUGUUAUAGAAGCAUUCUAGGUGUCAUCUUCAUCUUGCCAUUUGCCCUACUCCUUGAAAGAGGGAAGUGGAAAGAAUUGGAUAUGAAGGCUCUUGUAUGGCUCUUCAUCAAUGCUUUUAUCGGAUACUCAUUACCUAUGGCCUUGUAUUACUAUGGGCUACAUGACACAAGUGCCUCCUAUGGUGUGAUCUUCUCAAGUUUGACUCCGCUCUUCACUUUUGUCCUGUCAAUACUACUUGGUAUGGAGAGCUUGCGCCUCAAAUCCAAAGAGGGUAGUGCGAAGGUGGUUGGUGCAUUGUUAUGUUUUGGUGGGGCAUUGUUGAUUAGCCUGUACAAUGGAAAGGAAUUGCAUCUUUGGUCCCCAGUUAUAAAAGGUAUCACUAAGAGUUCUAAUGGAGUAGUCGGAGGACACCAUCAUGUGAGGGGCACCUUGCUUUUGUUGGGUGAUUGCAUAUGUUAUGCAUUUUGGUACCCCAUACAGGUGAAAGUUCUAAAGGUGUACCCAUGGAAACAUUGGUCAUCAGUGUUGACAUGUGUUCUAGGUGGUUUGCAAACAUGUGUCAUAGGAAUAUUUUUGAGAAGGGACAAACUUGCUUGGCAAGUAGGAUGGAACAUUCAGCUAUUAACAAUUGUCUACUCUGCUGCACUUGGCACAGCCGCCAAGUAUUGGUUAAAUCUAUACGCUGUGGAAAAGCGGGGCCCUGUUUUCCCACCGAUGUUCAGCACAUUAUCGAUUGUCUUCACCAUGGUUCUUGGGGCAUUAUUACUAGGAGAAAGCAUCACGGUUGGGAGCUUGUUGGGUAGUGCAUUGGUUUUUAGUGGUUUAUAUACGUACCUCUAUGGAAAGGCCAAAGAACUCCACGCGAAGACGACAUCAAGUUCAAGCAAUGAAAAGCUACAGGGGCAACCUACCCAUGACUCAAAGUGUGAGGAUCCAAUAUUUGGUCCUUGAUUUUGCGGCAACUAGUCUCGAGUGAACUUUGUCUUAGUAGAUGACACCCACUAUAGUUAACAUGUGAGGUUGUAAACUAAAAUGAUUUGACCAAUCCGAAGAAUUGUCAUGGUGCAUUAA